AUGUUUGAGUUGGACCAGGCUUCGCAAAUAUUUAUGGCACCACCUGAUGUGGUAACAAGAGAGCAGAGGCAGGCGGCACAAGACUUUAUUUUAAAUUUCCGCAAAACACGGAUGCCCUACACUCUAUGCCAGUAUAUAUUAGAGAAUAGCAAGAAUGACUACAGUCUCUUCCAAGCAGCAACCACCAUUAAAGAAGCCAUAAUCCGCGACUGGUCGUUGAUGAGUUCUGACUCCGUAGAAGCACUUCGUUCAUUUCUGCUGCGUUACAUCACAAACCACAUCACACUGCAGAGUUUUGUCAGAGAACAGAUUUUGCAAACUGUCGCUGUCAUUUUGAAACGGGCGACAUUAGACAAGAAAGGAAAAAGCUGUGAUAGAUUAUUUGAAGAUGUCUCAACUCUGAUCAGCAGUGGAAACAUCACAAUGCAACUUGUGGCUUGCUCCAUGUUAACCUCAUUAUUGAAUGAAUACUCAUACACCAGUCGUACUAGCAGUGUUGGCUUAACUUGGGAAUUUCACAUCAAGUGCAAACGGGCAUUCGAACAGUCGGACUUGAAACGGGUGUUUAUGUUUUCACUGCAAGUGCUCAGUGAGAUUGAAACACAGCCUAGUCCUUUGAGCCGGGAGGCCACAGCUUUCUUGAACCGCAUCUUGUGUAUUGCUGAACAGGUUCUCAGCUGGGAGUUCACACUCCGGGGAGUGAGAAUGCAUACUCAUGCCUUUAAUGAAAACCCCAAUGCCACAUUGAAACCACCAGAGAGUUGGAGAGAUGUCUUGCUAGAUAAGAACACAUUGUCAUUGUUUUUCAGGAUUCACCAGAAAGCAAGAUUCAACAGCGACAUGGCCCAUCACUCUAUGCAGUGCCUUGUACAGCUGGCCUCUUUAAAUGGGAUGAUAUUCAGUAAAGAUGAUCAGUCGCAGUAUUUAACUCAUUACAUUGAAGGUCUGCUUCACAUGCUUUCCAACAUUGAACUGCAAGAGCAUGAAAACUUUGGCGUGGCUUCCAUUUUCAAAAACCUGCUACUUAUGUUUACUAUACAGACCUUCAUUAGCAUUGAUACCUUUUUGUUUAAGUCAUUUAUCCAGACAUUCACAUCUCUCACAUGUACAGUGGGCAGGCUGGCAGCUCAAGAAGAAUCAAUGCACAAAGAUGACACAGUCUUUAUGGAGUCAUAUGAAAAGCUUCUGGAGUCAUGGACAUGUUUUACAAAGGACAUCAGCUCCCUUCCUCCAGGAACUCUCAACAACCCCGCCUCAGAGAUUUUUAAUUCUUACAUGCAGUGUCACCUAACAGCACCUGAUGGCAUACGUAGUUUGAAUGUAGAUGAUUCUGAAGACAUUGACGAAACAGAAGAAGAUGACAGAUACAAGUUUUCAGAUCAGCUGAGCUGCAUUGGGACAUUGGGUCGAAUUAUUCCAGAACACUCUGUGCCCUUAUUGUCUAAAGUCCUAGAAGACCGUAUAUCCCUCAUCAGUAAUCAGCUGCAUGGACUACAGCAUCAGAGAGAUCUGGCCAGUAACCAUGAGUCUACAGUUAACAUCAGUACACUUCAUGGUUUACAUGAAGAUUUACACUGGAUCAUUCUAGUUACAGGUCAUCUUCUAGCAGACGAUGCUGAAGGAGAGACCCCAACAAUUCCUGCCGCCAUCAUGAAAUAUUCCAUUAGCCAGGCCAAGACUGUUGACGUCAACCUCACGAUGAAGAUGCUGUCAUCAGGCGGCUAUAAGCUGGAACCAUCAGAAGAGUGUCUUGUUGAUUCUGUUAUCAGGUUGAUUGCAGCAGUGUUUAGGUUGUGUGAAGUUGAGAAUCAAGCAGUGGAUGCAAAACUGACUGACUUCCUGAGUCCUCAAGUGGGCAGCACAGUCAUGUGGUUCCUGGAGAGGUGGUCUGAUGCUUAUGUUCUGCAUGAUGAGAUGGAUUAUCUGGAGAUGAGUUUAGCAUUAGCCACUGCCUUCGGCAUGGACACAGAAGGAGUUCGAUGGACAGUGAAUUUCAUGCUGCAGAAGAUUGUCACCACCAUGUCUGUAUGGUCAUCUGAGCCAGGGCUUAUCACUGAUACACUGAAACUUCUCACAGAUUUGUCUGAACAGAGUUCUAGGGCAAUGUAUCUGAGUCAAUCAGAAGUGUUGUGGAACCUGGCAAGGCUGGAGUCACGCCAGGAACCUCCUGUCUCCACAUUGUCACCUGAUGCUCGCAGACAGUUUAUGAAAGCUAUGGUGUUGGUGGGCUGCAGUAUUAAGGAUUCUGCACAAGAGGAGCAGUACUGGAAACUGCUGCUUCAUUCUAACUAUGAGCGGUUCCUGCAUGUGGUUGAGUCUGAAGGAUUCAAAUCUGGCAAGGAGGGAAGCAGGCAGCAAUUUCUCUACCUGUUGGAGUCUUUGAUUGGUGUAGCCACAGCCACACAGAAUUCCAUAGCCACCAAGAUGUUUCAGUUUAUGGCUCCGCUGCUGAGACAUGUGGUCAAGGCCAUUGAUAUCCAUCAUAAUUAUGCAGACGUUGUAACCACAAGCUUUGAACUGUUUUCUGAAGUUGUGGCCAAGAUGCUACCAUUCCUCAAUACUGCUUAUUCCCAGUCACUUUAUCAACUGUGUCUCGCAGCCAUCCAGACGUUUGCCAGACAUAAUUUUGGUCGGCAGUGCCUCUCUGCAGAAGAUGAACAAGAAACCAAAUUUAGAGACAUCAUUCUGAUAAUGGAAAUGCUGACCAAUCUCAUGUCAAAGGAUCUAUUGGACUUCAGCAAAGAUGACCAACCUGCUGGAGAUAAUUCUAACAUCGAUGGUGCAACAAUUGUUAUAUUUGGUCUGGAAUUAAUCGUCCCACUUAUGAAUGCUGAAAUGUUGAAAUUCCCCAGUUUGUGCAGCUGCUACUUCCGAUUAAUCUCCUUCCUGUCAGAUCUUCACUCUGAGAAGUUCUGUACAUUACCCGAGCAGCUCUUCAACAAUAUAAUGGCUUCCAUCGAACUAGGAUUUAACACUUCAGGAACAGACGUGACGCGGAUGUUGUUUGAAUCUCUUCUAGCUCUAGCCACUCACUCUUUACAGAAUUCGCAGACAUCGCAGCACUUACAGGGCAUGCUAGGACACUUUUUGAAGGUUAUAUUCCGAAUGCUGAUUUUGGACAAUUUUGAUCUGUCUCUUCAAGAAAUUGGAAGCACAACAUUGUUUUGUUUGAUAUGCUGCAAUCAGGACUUGUACAAAGAUCUGGUGAAUCAGUUGAUACAGAUUCAGCCAGAAGAAUACAAGCAGAGGUUGCUGCAAGCCUUUAAUGAGCUGACCCCUCCAUCGCUGCAGCUGUGUAUUACCAGGCAGAACAAGAUCACCUUUAAAGCCAACUUUGAUGUGUUCUUGAACAAUGUCAGGGGAUUUCUGUGCAUUAAAUAA